AUGGUUGAAUUAACCGAAGCUCAAAAAGCGAAACGCGCGUCUCUAAUUCAAGCUCGCGGUCAAAUUAAAGCAAGAAUAACAAGGUUGAGCAACCACUUAAAAACCGCUGGACUUUUCGCGAGUAAUGAGACGAUAAAUCGAACGUUACCAAAAAUCGAAGAGGGCAUCGCGAGUCUCCCGAACAUCGAACACGAACUCACGAUGCUUGAGCCUGAGGGAGAUCAUGUCGAAGAAGGUGAAAACAUCAGAUUUGAUUACGAUGACAUGCUGGUGCUAAUUAGGAAAUUCAGGGAUCCUCAUCGCGAAGCCUUUAUAGUGAAUCAAGCUCCCGUACGAGAGCAUUCUUGUCAGUCAGGAUUAAGGACUACGGAUUACCUCUCCUCACUGCCAAAGGCGGAGGUCAAAAAAUUCGACGGGAAAUUGGAAAAUUAUCGUCCGUAUCGCGACUGGUUUUUAAAAUUCAUCCAUGAACGUGAGGGCUUAUCGGAUUCCCAAAGAUUAGAUUUUCUUACGAGAACGUUGACGGGAGAACCCUACAUAAUGAUUAACGCGUUUAAAACGACUGACGAGAAUUACGCUGUAGCAUGGAAAUUACUGGAGUCUACAUACAAUAUCGAAUAUGUUCUAAUUUUCCGCCACUGUGAUCUCCUCUACGACACCCCAGCAAUGAAAAAUAGUUCCCCCGAAGAAAUUCGCAAGCUGGUCAACAGCUUACAAACACAUAUUCUCGCCAUGAAGGCACUUGGAGAGCCAGUGGAAAACUGGAACACGCUCAUUUCUCACAUUAUCAUGAGAAGAAUGGACACGGAGACUGAAAGAGAAUGGAACAGAUCCAAACAGGGAAAUAGAAUCCCAAAUUAUGAAGAUCUGUUGAGCUUCCUCCGAGAACAGGCAAUCCAUCUCACCUCGUCCAGGAUCUCCAGAACGAACCAGACCCAUAGUUCCAGUGGCUCACAAAAUAAGCAAAAAAGAGGAAACCACGGAAACAGAAUACAGACACUGCUCACUGGGACAGAGCUGAAAAAUUGCCCAAACUGCAACGAGCAACACUCAUUAGAAAGCUGCGAAAAAUUCCUUGCGCUGAGUGUCCCAGCUCGAAUCGAUGCAGCCCGUGAAGCAAAAUUAUGUCUCAAUUGUUUCCGCGGGAAUCACAGGACUCGUUUUUGCAAAGCAGAUAAGUGUAGCAUCUGCAAAAAAUCACACAACGCCCUACUGCACCUGCAGGAACCGAUAGUUGCCUCGGAUACACCUGCGGCGACCGUUCUCAUUGCAUCCCUUCCUAAUAGAGAUGCGAUCGUCACCGCAGUGAUCACGGUGCUCGACGCUGCGAAAAAACCCAUCCGUUGUCGUGCCAUUCUAGAUACUGGGUCAAGUUCGAACUUUAUGACAGAGAGCUUCGCAAACCUAUUGAAAUUGCCCUUAGAAAAGCUCAAACUGUCCAUCGAAGCUAUGACCAAUUGCGAUUCUACAACCAAUCAUCUGGUUACGACAACGAUCAACUCAAGAUUAAAUGGAUAUGCCAGGACGCUCAAUUUUUUGACCGUCCCAAAUAUUGGUAAUUUAUUCCCCAUGCAGCCUAUCAACCGCAGUGACCUCAACAUUCCCAAGCACCUCAAAUUAGCAGAUCCAGCCUUCGAUCGACCUGCACCCGUUGACAUCCUCCUAAGUGUUGGAAUCACACUCGCCUCCAUCUGUCAAGGUCAAAUCCAAUUGAACGACCCCGGGGAGCCAGACAUGAUUCUACAGGAAACUCGUUUUGGAUGGAUCAUCGGCGGAAGUGCCCUAGCGAAAAAAUCAUUCACCAGAAAGAGUCCAGUGCAAUCGUGCAUUACUUCCAUCGACACUGAGCUAAAAAACUUCUGGACAAUGGAUGAUUUCAACACUUCCGUGCAUCUGUCGAAGGAGGAGCAAGCCUGUGAGGACCACUUCAAGGAAAAUACGACACGUGACGCAACGGGGAGAUAUACAGUGGCCUUACCAUUUAACGGGAAGGAGUCGCAAUUGGGAAACUCUCGCGAGAUCGCGAAAAAACGGUUCCGAUCGUUGAUGAGGAAAUUCCAGCGCAAUCCAGAGUUGCAAAAACAGUAUUCUGCAGUGAUGCAAGAGUACAUCGACCUGGGCCAUAUGUCGGAAAUACCUCAAAACAUUGAAGACGAGAACUGUUUUUACCUGCCUCAUCAUGCCGUCGUAAAGGAGACCAGCCUCACGACCAAGGUUCGAGUCGUAUUCGAUGGGUCCGCUAAAGGGGAGAAUCAUCUCUCACUCAAUGACACUCUCAUGGUUGGACCCACGAUACAAGAAGACAUUUUUUCGCUCCUUGCUCGUUUUUGCACGCACCAGUACGUCAUCACCGCCGACAUUGAAAAAAUGUAUCGGCAAUUCUGGAUUCGUGCAGAGGAUCGACGGUAUCAACGGAUUUGGUGGACGGAUCAAGAUGGAAAUGAGAAGGUGUUCCAAUUGAACACCGUUACCUUUGGCCUUUCUUCAGCUCCUUAUCUAGCCAUCCGAUGCGUCCAUCAAUUGGCCGAUGAUGAGUGCCAGGAAUUUCCAAAAGCAUCAAGAAUCCUCAAGCGCGAUUUCUAUGUAGAUGACUUACUAUCAGGAGCUGAUUCUUUCGAGGAAGCGUUACAACUGCGAGACGAAAUCACCGCAUUACUCCAGAAGGGACAGCUAAAUCUACGGCAAUGGGCCUCCAACGAUCCUCGUCUUCUACAGGGAUUACCUCAAGACAGCGUUAAUUUAAAAUUGAAUAUGUCUCACGACUCAACAGUAAAAACACUAGGCCUACAUUGGGACUCAUCGCGUGACGUAAUCGUCUAUACGAUCAAACCGAUCCCCCUCACUGGAAAGAUCACAAAGCGAAUUAUAUUAUCGGAGGUGUCCAAAAUUUUUGAUCCUCUUGGAUUCCUUGGCCCUGUGAUUAUCAAGGGGAGGAUGAUUCUACAUCGGUUAUGGAUCGAAAAACUGGGUUGGGACGAUUCCAUUCCGCUGAGCAUCCUUACCGAAUGGAAAAAUUAUACAUCUCAACUGCCCCAGCUAAACAAUGCGUCUUUUGAUCGGAAGGUCAUUAUUUCUGAAGCUAGAGACAUCCAACUACACGGUUUUUGCGAUGCCAGUCAGAAAGGGUAUGGAGCUUGCAUCUAUUUGCGCUCCACUGAUGCCCAUGGAACCAUACAAUCACGGCUUCUCUGCUCAAAAUAUCGUGUCGCUCCCAUUAGUUCUCCCACAUUGCCUAGGUUGGAACUAUGCUCAGCUUUACUACUAUCCGAUCUUUAUGUCGCUGCCAAGCAAGCUAUCACACAUAACAUCAAAAGAGUCAUUUUCUGGUCAGACUCAAUGAUAGCCUUGCAUUGGAUUAAAACUCCUCCGAACAAGCUGCUAGUAUUUGUAGCUAAUAGAGUAACCAGCAUCCAAGAAAAAACAACUGGAGCAGAAUGGCGACACGUUCGCACUCAGGACAACCCUGCAGAUCAUAUUUCUAGAGGCUUAUUUCCCUCUGAGUUCGUCAAAGAUCUUAAUUGGAAACAGGGACCAACAUGGCUCUCCGAUGAGGAACACACCUGGCCGAUCAGCGAGCUCAUCAUCCCAGCAGAGAUUCCUGAGAUGCGAAAAGCCCAGUGCCUACUCAGCACGGCAGUCAGUGAAAAAGGAUCUGAAACUCUAAAUGUCACCGAAACGCAAUCGAGCUUGAAGAAUAAGUCCGAUCCACCAUACAUUUUGCGAUACUCAUCGCUUGGACGCCUCAGUAGACUUUUUGCUCUCGGUUUGCGUUUCCGGAAUAAAUUGAAGGGUCCGAUUUCAGCGUCCGAAUUGAACCAGGCACAUGAUCGAAUCAUCAAGCUAAUUCAAGAAGCCGAAUUCCCAGCAGAAAUCAAACUUUUGAGAAAAGGAGACGCAUUACCACUGAAUCAUAAGUGGAGCCGGUUCCGACUGUUCCUUGAUGACAAAGGACUACUGCGUGUAGCUGGUCGCUUGAAAAAUGCUCACGUGCCCUAUAACCAAAAACAUCCUCUGUUCCUCCCAAAAGGGCACCACAUAACAAACCUAAUCAUCAGAAACGAGCACAUAACCAACUAUCACGCGGGAGCUCAAACCACCCUGUAUGCCUUGCGGAGAAGGUAUUGGCUGGUGGAUGGACGACAUCAAGUACGGAGGAUCAUCAAGAACUGCACAGUUUGCGUCAAGGCUGAUCCACCGAGGAGUGAAUACAUAAUGAGUGAUCUCCCAAGAUCUAGAGUCACCGAAGCCAAACCCUUUAGUAAUGUCGGCGUGGAUUAUUGCGGCCCCUUCUUCAUUAAGGAGAAAAAAUUCCGCAACAGGAACCGCGUGAAAGUAUGGGUCGCGGUAUUCGUAUGCCUGGUGGUCAAGGCCGUCCAUUUGGAGGUCGUGACUGAUCUCACCACCGAGGGCUUCAUCGCAGCCCUUAAACGAUUCAUCGCUCGUCGAGGAAAACCUGUCCACAUUUACUCCGACAACGGCACCAAUUUCCUCGGAGCCAGCAACGAACUCAAAGAACUAUAUUCAUUUAUCCAGUCCAAGAAAUAUAAUGACGAGAUCCAUCAGCAUCUCACUGCUCAGAACAUCACCUGGCACUUCAUUCCCCCUUUAUCACCUCACUUCGGAGGACUUUGGGAAGCCGGUGUUAAAUCCUUCAAGUAUCAUCUAAAACGCGUUUGCGAUGAUUUAGUAACGUUCGAGCAAUUUACCACUCUUGUGAUCGAAAUCGAGGCUAUUCUUAAUUCCCGUCCUCUCACUCCUAUCUCCUCUGAUCCCAAUGAUUUGAUUGUCUUAACUCCCGGUCAUUUCCUCACUGGCGAUUCAUUAAUGAGCUUGCCAGAACCAGAUUUUAGCGAGACUCCCGACAAUCGUCUGUCAUGCUGGGAAUUGAUCCAGAAAAAACAGCGAGAAUUCUGGAAGAGAUGGUACAAGGAGUACCUGAAUGAGCAGAAUCAGAGGCACAAAUGGAGCCAAGGAAGCCACGAUAUUCGAGAGGGUACUAUCGUCAUCCUGAGAGAAGACAACUUACCACCUCGACAGUGGUCUCUAGGUCGCGUUACAGAAAUUUAUCCAGGGGCUGAUGGGAUCAUUCGUGUAGUGAAGGUCAAAACCGCUAAGGGUGAACUCAAACGGAACAUUAGAAAAUUAUCCCCGUUGUUGAGUGAUGAAACGAACUGA